GUGUCGAAAGGAUGCUCAGGAUAUGAAUGAGCCAGCGGACGCGUGAAUGGAGGUGGAUGGAAGCGUGAAGUACAAGGCGGGGCUCCAGCUGGGUGACCUCGAGGCAGACAGGCCGGGGCUCCCUCCCCUCUCCUCCCAUCCUCCCGCUCCGCUCCCCUCCCCGCGGCGCGCAGCCCUUCCGAGCCCUCCCGAGCUACCGCGGGCAACAGAGACGGGACCACGCAGCCAGCGAGCGGACAGCGCCUCCUCAGGAGGGGGCUACCCCGCCGCGUCUCCAGCUCUGCCCUAAGGCGAAGUCCCGCGAGCGAGGUCCAGGGCUCACUAGUAAUGACACGGGACACUGACUGGAGGGCCGGCAUCUGGGUGUACCAGGCUCUGGGUGAAGUAGUUCCCAAACCUUAGAGCUCAAUACUCCUCAUCGAGACGCUGAAAGGAAGUUUGUUCUGAGACCUGAGUGCAAGACCAGGGCCUUUGAAAGGAGUGGGCUGAGGGCUUGUGGGAGUUUCUCUUCCUCCACAGAGCCCAGGAUGCUCCUCAGCUGAAGUGGCUCAUGGAACCCUCAGCCACGCCUGGGGCCCAGCCCGGAGUCCCCACUAGCAGUGGGGAACCCUUCCACCUGCCUCCAGACUAUGAGGACGAGUUCCUCCGCUACCUGUGGCGCGAUUAUCUCUACCCGAAGCAGUACGAGUGGGUUCUCAUCGCGGCCUACGUGGCCGUGUUUCUCAUAGCCUUGGUGGGCAACACCCUGGUCUGCCUGGCUGUGUGGAGGAACCACCACAUGAGGACAGUCACCAACUACUUCAUUGUCAACCUGUCCCUGGCAGAUGUGCUGGUGACUGCCAUCUGCCUGCCUGCCAGCCUGUUAGUGGACAUCACCGAAUCGUGGCUCUUCGGCCAUGCCUUGUGCAAGGUCAUCCCCUAUCUCCAGGCCGUGUCGGUGUCAGUGGCAGUGCUGACUCUCAGCUUCAUCGCCCUGGACCGCUGGUAUGCCAUCUGCCACCCACUGCUGUUCAAGAGCACAGCUCGCCGUGCCCGUGGUUCCAUCCUGGGCAUCUGGGCUGUGUCGCUGGCUGUCAUGGUGCCCCAGGCCGCUGUCAUGGAAUGCAGCAGCGUUCUGCCCGAGCUAGCCAAUCGCACACGGCUCUUCUCUGUCUGUGAUGAGCGCUGGGCAGAUGAACUCUACCCUAAGAUCUACCACAGCUGCUUCUUCUUUGUCACCUACCUGGCCCCACUGGGCCUCAUGGGCAUGGCCUAUUUCCAGAUCUUCCGCAAGCUCUGGGGCCCCCAGAUCCCGGGUACCACAUCGGCCUUGGUGCGGAACUGGAAGCGACCCUCAGAGCAACUGGAAGCUCAGCACCAGGGCCUGUGUACAGAGCCCCAACCCCGGGCCCGAGCCUUCCUGGCCGAGGUGAAGCAGAUGCGAGCUCGGAGGAAGACCGCCAAGAUGCUGAUGGUGGUUCUGCUGGUUUUUGCACUCUGUUAUCUGCCCAUCAGUGUCCUCAAUGUCCUUAAAAGAGUGUUUGGGAUGUUCCGUCAAGCCAGCGACCGGGAAGCCGUCUACGCCUGCUUCACCUUCUCCCACUGGCUGGUGUACGCCAACAGUGCGGCCAACCCUAUCAUCUACAACUUCCUCAGUGGCAAAUUUCGGGAGCAGUUCAAGGCUGCAUUCUCCUGCUGCCUGCCUGGUCUGGGUCCCAGCUCCUCUGCCAGACACAAGUCCUUGUCCUUGCAGAGCCGGUGUUCUGUCUCCAAAGUCUCUGAGCAUGUUGUGCUGACCACAGUCACUACAGUGCUGUCCUGAGUGGGGCUGGCCAGGCUCUGGGAGGCUUGAUUCUUUGCCUGGGGCUCACCCCGCCCCCACACUCAUGGAAAGACUGCUGCUGCUCAGUCCCGAUGCCUCAACUCCAGUCCUAGCUUUCUGCCUGAGUGACUCCGCCAGAGUCAUUCCCUCUCUGAGGUUGCGUCCCCUAAGCUGAGUUGAUAGGGGCUUAAGCAUGCUCAAGAGAGCAGAGAGCGUUGUAAACUGUCUAGUGCUGUGGACGUGGUUACUGUCCCUGUCUCGUAUGGCCCUACCCUACAGUGUCACUUCACCCUAUCAGAGCUUGGCUUUCCCCCCAAAGACCUGUCUCCUACUCAAGUAUAGGCCCUCCCUGGCUGGAGUCCGCUCCAAGGGUCCCCACAGGCAUAUCCACCUGGCCUGAAGGCCACCGGAAGUCCGGACUGCACAUGGCCAGCUGCACCGAUGUGUCCCUGUGAACUAAUUUGCGUUCAGCCCUUCUCAGUGAGCUCUGAAGCUAGGUCCACCCUCUCCAGGUGUGGACUGCACACAGCACAGGCUGGAUCUCGUUGGCACUGUGGAGUGCUUAAACACUCUCCAUGCGGCCGUUCGGCAUGGAGGCCAACAGCCCGUGGCAACUGUAAUUAAAAGCCUGGUAC